ACUGAAGCAGAAGAAGUUUUAUACAAAGCGCUGGAGACCGUCGCUUCUGAAAAUAAUGCGAAGGCUCGGAAAUUAUUAGUAAAUUUUAACGAACUUAUCAACUCUACCUCAGUGAAAACUUAUUGGAAUGGUGUUUAUGUCCGCGAUGAGAGAAACAAAACCCAAUGUAUUAAAAAUAUAUUGAAAGAAAAAGAGGAUCAAGAAGCUUGUCAAAUAAAAUCUAAUGUAUUAGUCGAGCACAUUAUUGAAAGCAACCUUCUAUUAAAAAGAAAACGUUCAUUUGAGAAAUUAGACAGAGAACCACCCCAAUCUCCAGAAAACCAGAUCUCACCUCCAAAUAAUCUUGUCCAACAAUUUUGUGUACCUAUUGAAACAAAAGAUCAUUCCGAAACCGAUAUUGAUUCCAAUAAGGAGUCCGAUAAAAGAAAACAGAGUUCUGAUGAUGAAAGUGAU